AUGGCCACCCGCUCCCCCGCGCGACGCGAACUCGGCCGCGAACUGCGUCGCCCGCGCACGAUCCUCAUCAAAGUCGGCACAGAGAUCGUGCACUCGCCCCAGGGGCUGUUGGCGCUGGGCCACAUUGGUAGCAUCGUCGAGCAGAUUGCGACGCUGCACAUGCGAGGCCACCGCAUCAUUCUCGUGUCCAGUGGCUCCGUGUCCAUUGGCAAGAUGGUGCUCCGUCGCCAGUACCUGCUCUCUGGCUCCAUGCAGUCGCACCUCGGGGGCCACGUGGUCGACAGCGCCACGUUGGACGAGAAAGCGUGUGCAGCUGCAGGGCAGAGCGGGCUCCAAAGUCUGUACGAAAUGCUGUUUGGCCAGUACCACUUGGCCUGUUCGCAGGUGUUGGCGUCCGACGCCGACUUUCGAGAGCCGCACGUCCGCGCCAACUUGCAGCGCACGGUCCGCGCGUUGCUGGACGUGGGCAUUAUACCUGUCAUCAACGAGAACGACGUCAUCACGCGACGCACGACGCCACUGAUGAAUGCGAACAAAAUCGCUUGGGACAAUGACUCGCUGGCUGCACUGUUUGCACGGGAGAUGAGGGUGGACUUGAUGGUCGUACUCACGGACGUGGACGGCAUUUACACGGGCACGGAGGCCGAUCGGCAGCCGGUUUCGACGUUCCAGCGCGGCGACAAGCACGUCGUUGCAGCCGAGAGCCGCGUCGGAGCGGCUGGACAGACUGACAAGCUGCACUCUUGCAUCCGUGCCGUCGAAAAUGGCGCUGUGCAGGCAGCGGUGAUUGCGAGAGCAGAGGAAAGCGUAUUGCUGCGGAUUGUGGACGGCGAGCGAGUUGGCACACUAUUUGUGGCACGUGGAGAGUCCAUUGGCGACGCCGAUGCGGAAGAGCAGCACAUUGACCCGCUGUACUCGGGUAUCGCUUCGCCUGAUCGGAGUCUGGUAAGCAAGCUCUAG